AUGCCAUGCACAGACGUUUUUGUGAGAGGUCCCAGGCUGCGAGGUGGAUCUGAACCUGGAAAUGAUUACUGGAGAUCCCCGAUGGGUGUAACAGGCCAGUACAGCGGCUCAUGGAUGGAAACACUCAGAGCGACAUGCGGAAAAUACCACGCAACGCAUUAUCAGUGCAGAGUUCCGGACGACGACGACGGCAAGCGCCGUGGAGUUCCCGUGUUUGUUUUUUGUCGAAUUUUCGAGAUGGAGGAGAAUAUAUCCGAUGUCACAUUUUAUCGAUUCCUUGCACCGGCUAUGCAAGGGAUCGUGAAUGCGGGGAAGCGGUGCGAUAGUCCAUACCUGUCAAACCAGUUCAACAUCAAAGCCUUCCGUUCCACAUUGUCUCGUCCAUUUGACGCCUCAAAAAUUUGA